AUGGAAAUCAGUAACUCCAGUAUCACUACUGAGUUCAUCUUGGUUGGUCUGUCCAGUGCUCCUGGAUAUCAGAGCCUCAUCUUUUGGGCAUUCAUCUUCAUCUAUGCAGCAGCCUUGUCAGGAAACGUUCUCCUCAUCCUUGCCAUUGGCACCUGUAGCAAACUCCACACGCCAAUGUAUUUCCUGCUUGUCAACCUAUCCUUGGUGAACGUAUGCUCCAUCUCCAUCACAGUUCCCAAAAUGCUGCAGAAUGUUUUGACCCACAAGCGGUCCAUCUCAUUUUCUGGUUGCAUCACUCAAGUGUUUCUUUUUGUAUGGGCUCUGGGGACAGAGAUUCUGUUGCUCUCAUUUAUGGCUUUUGACCGUUAUGCUGCCAUCUGUCAGCCUUUUCAUUAUUCAGUCAUCAUGAGAAAAGAGGUGUGCAUUGGGGUAGCAGCAGGAUUGUGGAUUAUGGGAAUGGUCAAUUCUGUAGUUAACACUGGUCUGUUGCUGAAACUCUCCUUCUGUUCCUCGAAAGUCAUCAACCAUUUCUUCUGUGACCUGCCUCCACUGUGGAAGCUCUCUUGCUCUGACAUCAGCCUGAAUGAAACCAUGGCUUUUGCAGCUGAUGUGACCUUCACAAUGAGCAGUUGUGCACUCACUCUAAUCUCAUAUUUACUUAUUUUAAGAGCAAUACUUAAAAUCCAGUCUGUCCAAGGCAAGAAAAAAGCAUUCUCUACAUGUUCCUCUCAUCUCCUGGUGGUGAGCUUUUACUUCUCUACCAUCAUCUACACAUAUGCUAAACCAUCCUCAGCUAAUUCCCUGGAGGAGUACAAGACGGUUGCAACCAUUUACUCAGUGGUAACUCCAGUGCUCAAUCCAAUCAUAUAUUCUCUUAGAAACAAAGAUGUUAAAGAAGCUUUAGGAAAACUAAUAUGUAAAUCUGGGGCUUCUCAGCAAGAAUGA